GGCUGCCGCACCUGUAUGCGGCGACGCAUUCGAUGUGACCUCGGUCGUCCGGCUUGUUCAAAAUGCAUCAAGAAGGGCUUCAACUGUCCAGGAUAUGGGAGACAUCUGAGAUGGGCUGAUGGCGUGGCCGUCCGCGGCAAGCUGAAAGGCCAGAGGCUGCCUGUGGCGGGCUCGACCGCCUCUGCGACACCGAGUCUGCUAAAUUUCACACUCUGGGCGUCUUCACCGGAUAUAAUCGAAUAUUAUGACAAGAAUCUGGCGGGGCGAAUGGUUUGGAUCGAUUCGGAAGAGAAUGACUAUCGACGGCGGAUGCUGCCCAUGGCUGCCAACGCCCCGGGCCUUCGGUUCGCCAUUGCCGCGUUUUCUCUGUAUCAUGGCUAUCACGGACCCACAAAGUUCCCAACCGAGCUGGGUCGAUAUCACGAAGAGGCACGAGACGCAUGCUUGGAAGUUUUGCAGAGGCAGGUCCGAGAAAUGAACAGCCGACUCAUCAGCGGAGCGGAGCUGAAUACCCGUGCGGACGUUGCCAACGCAGAGUGGAUGCUGGCCUGCAUCCUCGUAAUUGCCAACUAUGAGAUGGCCAAGAAUCAUUCCGAGGCUGCCGAAGGCCAUCGACUUGCCGCAAGGAGGAUUGUCAAUGUCUUUGGGCAGAACGAAGCUUGUAACAAGGGCCUGUUUGCAUUUCUAAGAAAUCAGCUCGCAAUCCAUGAAGUUUUAGGCUCAGCAACGUCUUUCGACUUGAUAGAUGUGGCAGAGACGGUUCUACCUACACCAAACUCUGGAAGCCAUGUUCUGUUUUCUGAAUACCUUUCAUUCCUGCACCAAAUCACUCUAGCAUCACGGCGAUCCAUGGCCGUUAAUGAAGCCAUCGACGUGUCACAGUGGCCCGAAAGCUUUACAGCGAUCGAAAUCCAGUCACGUUUUGAGCAGGCAAGAGGCCAGACCUUGAUGAUUGCGGGCAAGCUACAAAUGAGUCCGCCGAUUGUCCGCCGCGACUUUAUCAGAUUAGUGGACUUGUACCACCAUGCAGCAGUUGUCUAUGCAUACAGAUGCCUGGGUUAUGCAACACCAGAUAAUUUCGAUUGGCUGGCUUCAGUUAUGAAGCUGUUUGAUCAGUUUGAUCAGAUUGAGAACAUCUCCAUCUGCGUUCAAAACUUACCGUGGCCGAUUUUCAUUGCGGGCACAGAGUGUCAUGGCGAUGCAGAAAGGCAGCACAAAGUUGCCACAAUCCUUGAUACUGUCAUCAACAUGACGGGCUUCAACCAGUACGAAACUAUCCGGAGUUUUCUGACGCAGUUUUGGAACGGCCCAGAGCCCAACUGGCUCCUAGUUGCACAGCAGCUGCAAGCGAAUGGACUUCGAAUUCUUGUC